AUGCUGCUCGGGAUGACGGGCCCCUGGUCGGCCUGCUUGCCAGUCUUGCUGCUGGGGCUGCUUUCGCCUUGGUCAGCGGGGCGUUGCGCCCCUGCCCCUUCCCAGCCGCACAACGACACCCUGGAGUGGCGCUGGGAGAGCCUCUUCUCGCGCUCCAUGGCCAGGCUCCCGGGGGAGAGGAAAGAGGCCAGCCGGGACGGAGACUAUCUGCUGGGCAUCAAGAGGCUGCGACGCCUCUACUGCAACGUGGGCAUCGGGUUUCACCUCCAGGUCUUGCCAGACGGCAGAAUCCACGGGAUCCACAACGAAAAUCGAUACAGUUUGCUUGAAAUCUCUCCAGUGGAAAGAGGAGUGGUGAGCAUCUUUGGUGUUAAAAGUGGCCUCUUUGUAGCCAUGAACAGUAAAGGCAAACUCUAUGGAUCUGGCCGUUUCAACGAUGAGUGUAAAUUCAAAGAGAUCCUGCUGCCAAACAACUACAAUGCUUAUGAGACCCAGGUCUACCCAGGGAUGUACAUAGCCUUGAGUAAAAAUGGAAGAACCAAGAAAGGCAAUAAGGUCUCUCCCACCAUGACAGUGACACAUUUUCUUCCUAGGAUUUGAGAGCUGUCCUUCAAGACCUACCUCAGGGAAGGGGAAUAAGGCGAGACCUUGUUGGA